UCAGGGCCGAAGCGGACUUUGAGCAUCCUGCAUGGGCUAGGAUCGAGCAGCUGAUGGUAGCCUCUGAUCACGUGUCCUAGUGGAAGAGGCGGCCAAGGGAAGGUGCCAGAGCAGAGACGCGCCAAAGAGGUAGUAAAAGGAAACGUAACUUUACCUCUGUCAGGCGGAAGAAGGGAGUCUAGUUUGAUUAGACAGCGCCACGCCGGUGCUUCUCCGGUCUUCUGUGUUCUCAGAAGAAUGGAGGGGAAUAUGAAGCUUGCAGUGGUAGAAGAUGCUGUGGAGUACCACCUGUUCCUGAUACCGGAUAAUGCAAGAGACACAGAAGAAUACAGAGAGAUUCUUCAGAAGUACAUUGAAAGAAUAAUGACCCAAUUUGCACCUAUACUGGUCCCUUAUAUCUGGCAGAAUCAACCUUUCAAUCUCAAAUAUAAACCUGCAAAAGGAGGUGUUCCUGCUCAUAUAUAUGGCAUGACAAAGUUUGGAGAUAACAUUGAGGAUGAAUGGUUUAUUGUCUAUGUAAUAAAGCAGAUUACAAAGGCAUUUCCAGAGUUAGUGGCCAGGAUUGAAGACAAUGAUGGUGAGUUCUUGUUAAUAGAAGCAGCUGACUUUCUCCCUAAGUGGUUGGAUCCUGAUAAUAGUGCCAAUAGGGUAUUCUUCCAUCACGGGGAGCUGUGCAUUAUUCCUGUGCCAAGGAAAUCUGAAAGAAUAUCCUGGUUACCCAUGACAUCCCCAACAAUCCAACAAGCUCUGAGUAUAAUCUCAGCCCACCCAGAUGUUGUUUUAGCUUCAGAGUCUAUACAAGCUGCUGUGGACAGGCGCAUCCGAGGGUACCCAGACAAAGUUGAAGCCUCUCGUCAUCGAGCACACUGCUUUCUUCCAGCUGGCAUUGUCGCCGUGCUCAAGCAACGGCCCAGACUAGUGUCUGCAGCAGUCCAAGCCUUCUACCUACGGGACCCCAUUGACCUGAGAGCCUGUCGCAUUUUCAAGACAUUUUUGCCUGAAACACGAAUAAUGGCAUCUGUCACUUUCACUAAAUGUCUGUACGCACAGUUAGUACAACAGAAGUUUGUGCCAGAUCGGCGGAGUGGAUAUAGUCUCCCACCUCCAUCACAUCCCCAGUUCCGAGCCUAUGAACUGGGCAUGAAGCUGGCUCAUGGAUUUGAGAUUUUGUGCUCCAAAUGUAGCCCACAUUUUUCUGACUCCAAGAAAUCCGUUGACACUGCUUCACCGCUCUGGGCUAGCUUCCUUGAAAGUCUGAAAAGGAAUGAUUACUUUAAGGGACUGAUGGAAGGUUCUACUCAGUACCAGGAAAGACUAGAAAUGGCAAAGAACUACUUCCAGCUCUCUAUACACCGGCCAGAAAGUUCACUUGCUAUGAGCCCAGGUGAAGAAAUCCUAACCAUGUUACAGACACUGCCAUUUGAUGUGGAAGAGCUCAAGAAAGAAUCCACUGAUCUUCCUCCUGAGGAUGAUGACCAGUGGUUAGACCUCUCAUCCGACCAGCUGGACCAACUGCUGCAAGACGUGGCGGGCAGAAAAGACUCUCAGCCCCGUCCCCAGCAGGAGGAGGAGCAGAGCUAUGAUGUAGGGCAGGUCUCAGACAGCGUGAAGGCCUUCAUCUCCAAAGUGUCAACUUACAAGGGGGCAGAGCUGCCCAGAGACCCUUCAGAAGCUCCAAUCACUUUUGAUGCAGAUUCUUUUCUGAAUUAUUUUGAUAAGAUUUUAGGGACAAAGCCUCAAGAGUCAGACUCUGAUGAUGAGGACGAAGAUGACUUUGAGUGUUUAGAUAGUGAUGAUAACUUGGGUUUUGAAGCUCAGGAGACUGACUCUCUGGAAGGAGCUCUUGGCAGCCUCAAGUCCUACAUGGCCCAGAUGGACCAGGAACUGGCGCACACAAGUAUGGGCAGAAGCUUCAAUACUCGCGAGCAAGCAAAUAAGGAACCUCCAUCCCAGACUGAAAAUAACAAUUCAGAUGAGGAAGAUUCUGGUGCAGGAGAUAGAGUUGUUGAAGCAGUGGAUGUAGACCUGAACCUGGUUUCAAAUAUACUGGAAUCCUACAGCUCCCAAGCUGGGCUGGCAGGGCCUGCUUCCAACCUGCUGCACAGCAUGGGUGUGCAGGUGCCUGGCAACGCUGAUCACAGCCCGCACGUAAACCAGUGAGGGCUUAGCCUGCGCACUAGCUGCCCUUCACACUGAGCAAACAUCAAGUCCAAGUGCGUUCUUUUCUAAUCGACUCUUUUGGAUUUUUUGUUUUGUUUUCGUUUAUUCAGUCUUUUUAUGUUAGGGGUGGCCUCAAAUGUUCUGUGUACCUGAAGACUGUUAAUAGGGUACUGAAGGAAAUUUUUUUUUCAUUUAAAAAUUGAGAUUUUUGCUUUCUGUUAACGUUCGUUUUAUUGACAAUUCCUUGAUCCUCCUGUUACUAACUCCUAAGGGCUAGAAUUACAGAUGUGAGCCAUCAUA